AUGAAGCUCUCCAGUGCCGUCUUUGCUGCCUGGCUCACUGCUGUAGGCUUCGCACUUGUGCGAGGAUCACAUAGCCCGGCGCACACCACGCGAGAUGGUGGGGGAUCGAAAUACGUAACAGUCAAUAAUGGAAAGUUUACGUUGGACGGAAAGCCAUUUCAGUACAUUGGAACAUCUGCGUACUGGCUUCAGUUGAUUGACAAUGACGACGACAUGUACAAGACUUUGCAUGAGAUUGCCAGCCUCGGUGUCAAAGUCGUCAGGACUUGGGCAUUCAACGACGUCUCGGAAAUCCCGAGUGAGGGCGUUUGGCUGCGCGUGUUCCACAGCAAUGGAACCAUCGAAAUCAACACGGGUGAGAAUGGCAUCCUACGACUCGACCGAAUCGUCAGAGUUGCCAAACAAGUGGGCAUUCAUAUUCUCUUCACUCUCACCAACAACUGGUUCCCCAAUGUUUCGAACAACGGCACGACCGCAAAGGACCUGGAUGGGAGAAACUUGCCCAGAAACUACCUCUCUAACGACUAUGGCGGAAUGGAUACAUAUGUCAAACACUUUUCGCCUAAUUCUCAAGUCAAGGACCUCUCUCACGACAUUUUCUACACGGACAACAAGAUGAUCGACUCUUUCAAAUCUUAUGCCGCUACUAUUGUUAAACGCUACUCUACAGAGCCUUCCGUGCUCGGUUGGGAGAUUGCCAAUGAUCCCCGAUGCAGUAGCACGCUGCCGUCCUCGCGGCUCUGCAAGACGCAGACACUCACCAAAUGGACGGCAAACAUUGCGCAGACUGUCAAGCAGAAUGAUCCCAACCAUCUCGUUGCAACAGGAGAUGCUGGAUUCUACUGCGUAGAGUGCCCGAGGGUGUUUCCGAGGCCGCCUCCGUCGACGCCUCAGCCAAGUCCGCUCCCACCGUCGCAGCCCAAUAACCGACGUCGCUCGCAACCUGAUUCACGGCAACCCGUACAAUACAACAACAAUCCACCAACCCCUUGCGUCGAGAAACGUAAAGGCCCUCUCACGAAGAAGGCACUAGCUGCGAGAUGCUUGGAGUGGAAGAAGCGAAAUUUCCCAUCCCAGGACGCCCAACGCCGCGCACCACAGGACCCUCCAUCCGAGGGCGGUGGAAGGCACCAGAGACAAGUCUCACGAAGAGACAAUCUAACGGAGGAUUUGGUCAACGCGCCCAAUGUCGACUUUUCCUCCUUCCAAUUCUUCCCUGACCAGAACACGUAUGGUCCGUUGACGGUCGGAAAUGCCAUAGACUUUAAUCAGGUCGUUCAAGCUGGUAUCGACUGGAUUGAGCAGCACGCGGCAACCGCCAACACAUACAACAAACCCACCACGCUCAAUGGCUUUGGUUUGGUCACCUCUCAGUCUGCCAACACGUUUGCGCCGUUCAACGCUUCUGUCCCUCAAUCAAGCCCGAUCGGAACUACACAAGCUCAACAAGUUAGCGCGUAUAACACUUGGAUUACAUCGGCAGUCAAAUCAGGGGUUCAAGGUAUUAUACAGUAUCAAUGGGGACAAGGCAAUAUCACGUCCUCUUCGUCGUCGGCCAUUACUCACCAGUCCGGAGUCGGCACGACGAAUAGCACGACGACAUCAUUCUACUCUCCGAAUGAUGGGUACGCUGCAUACGACAGCGCGGUCAAGAACACUCUUGCAGCCGGUGCCAAACUUAUUGCGUCUCAAAACGGCUCAGGCUCCAACCAAGCACGUGGCUACAACGAACUUUAG